GCCGAGACUCGAGAAUGGAGAACAGGGAGGGGCCCAAAUACAGCUUUCACGGUUAGACCAGACGAAGAGCAAAAUCGUAAUUAUGCGGGGCACGUGACCGCCGCCAAAGGGACGCUACCAUUGUUAAUCUUGCUCCGCCUGUCACCUUUCAGAAGAAUCUCUUUCGUUUUUCUUCAACGCCCAAAUCCCCUUAUUAGGUUUUCCUUGCGUUUGCAGUUACCUAAUUCUUCAAUGGCGUCCUUCGAUGAAACUCCGCCAGGCGAUUUCAAAUCCGUCGAUGAAGGCGCUGGCCACAAGCAGGGUGCCAACUCGGAUGACCUUUUCGGAAGACAGUCAGGUAAUACAACUACAACUGGUUAUUCUUACUCAGCUGCCACCAAGAACAAGACCAUGAACUGGGAAGAGCCUACACUUCAUGACUGCUUGCUUAAUCAUAAGAAGGAUUCUAUGGCCGCAGAGGAUCUGACGGCUGAUUUCUCAGAUUAUUCCUCAGUUGAUUUGGAUUCCUCUGAGUUAUCGGUUACUAAUAAGAGAAAAUAUGCCGAGGACGAGGAUGAGGAUGAGGAUGAGCCGGAAUCCCUUGGUGUCUCCUUCUACUUCCAACCUUUGAACCCCCAUGCCUUUGAUGUAUUUUAUGAGACACCCGGCAUGGAUAUAUUGUCUGCUAAAGUAUUCAAAAGUCUCCCAGAGCUUAAGGAGAUGGUGUUGGACAUCAGAAAACGUCUCAAUGGUGUUUUAAAUGGUGAAGUGGACGUGCAGGCUUUUGAAGCAAAAGUAAAAGAACUUUUCAGCAGACCGAAUUUCUUAGUGGCGGUUGAUGAGUCUAUCCUCGAGAGUGAAUUUUUAGUUGUGCCUUUAGAAGAAUAUGUCACAACAAAAGACGCCCAAGAUCGAAUGGUUGACGUUAAGCAGGAUCCAUCUUUCGAGCCAUUUCUAGGAUGGACGGAACCACUUGACGUUAUAAGGGGAACGUUGUGCAUCCUGUUCGGGUACUGGAAUGAUAAAGAGUUCGAUCGUAUUUUGACCGAGACAAGACAAAAAUCUCGUAGACUUAGACUGGCUGCCCAAGAGCGUGAUUGGACUCAUAUUGAUAUGAUUACAGAUAUUCACUACCCAGCUAAUCUUAAUGGCCUGAAACAAGCGUUGGCCUACAAAUACGGUGAAGAGUCUUACUUUUAUAAGACUGCUGUUAAGACGAUUGAGGGAAACAAAGCAUAUUUUGAGAAGAAAGUCACCCCAUCCAUUCACUUGUUAGGUAGUGCUGCAAAGGGCCAUGAGAUUGACUGCAUGCUAGUUAAGUGGUGUGUUGAUGACAUCUUUUAUUUGUCUGACAUUGGUAUUCGCGUUAUCUUUUAGUUCAAAGUAUGUAGUAAGAUGUCUUGCAAUAUCCUACAAUGGUCCUACUUGGUAUUUUUGUGCUUAUUGUUCUCCGGAUCUGAAUAUGAAUUGUGUGCCUGUGCCCACACUUGAAAGAGCAAUUUUAAUGUUUUAUGUUAUGGUGAUACAUGCAGAUUGUGGCUUUUGCAUCUCUACACCACUUUUUGCUUUAUUAUGUGCAUUAUAUAAGUUAUAACUGACACCAAAAUUCCAAUAUUUUUUGCUUU